ACUGCUUGUUAUUUGUUCUGAGGAAGCUCUCUGUGUGGAUACGGAGUUAUAGGUAUCAGAAGAGAUGUUCUGCUUACAGAGUUCUCAAGCACUGCAGGUUCUGGAGAAUUCCCUAAGGAAGCACCUCCCUGAGUCCUUAAAGGUUUAUGGGACUGUCUUCCACAUCAAUCAGGGAAACCCAUUCAAGCUCAAGACUUUGGUAGACAAAUGGCCUGAUUUUAAUACCGUUGUUAUUCGACCCCAGGAACAAGACAUGACAGAUGACUUUGACCACUACAACAACACUUAUGUAAUUUAUUCCAAGGAUCCCAAGCACUGUCAGGAAUUCCUUGGGUCAUCAGAAGUUAUUAACUGGAAACAACAUUUGCAGAUUCAAAGUUCACAGUCAGACCUUGGCAGAGUGAUAGAAAGUCUUGGAGCCACUAACUUGGGCAAAGUCAAGCAUAAGCAGUGCUUUCUCUACAUGAUAUCAGAAACAGCAAAGAAACUGGCUCCUUCCUUGGUGGAUGCAAAGAACUUAGUAGUUAGCAGUAACAAGCUCAAGCCUUUUGACCAUCAGUUAUUCAAAUUUGCCUCCCUGGAUGUUACACAUGCUGCAUUGGUGAAUAGCAUCUGGUAUUUUGGUGGCAAUGAGAAGAGCCAGAAGUUUAUUGAACGCUGUAUCUUUACCUUCCCCAGCUUCUGUAUUAUGGGGCCUGAAGGAAUCCCUGUGUCCUGGGCCCUGAUGGACCAUACUGGAGAACUGAGAAUGGGAGGCACCUUGCCUAAGUACCGGCGCCAGGGUCUCAUUUACCAUAUUGCUCAACACCAGAUUCAGGCAAUAGAAAAGCUUGGCUUUCCCAUGUAUGUACAUGUGGACAAGGCUAACUUCACCAUUCAGAGAAUGUGUGACAUUCUGGGGUAUGUCCCCAUGCCUUGCACCUGGAACCAGUGGAACUGUGUACCUCUAUAAAGCUAGAAAAGGGUGAGAAGAGGACUUCACUUGUAGAUGGAGAAAUGGCUGAGUGAACAGAGAGAAGUGAACUGUCAUUAGAUUGGUGUGUGUCUCUAGAGAGUUGGGGUGCAUCACACUGAGCUGCACACAGUGUGUCUUCUCCCUCACAUUGCUCAUGCUCUUCACUCCAUUCUUCAGCAUGCAGAAGGCCACCUUCUCCUCCUCCAACUCUGUUACAACCCCCACAUUCUCAGGAUUCCUCUAACACAUUUGGCUAAAUUGUACUCUUUUCUAUUUGUUUUGCUAGCUCAUUGAUCCAUGCCCAUUAGUCAGUGGGUUUGUUUUGUGACCUGACUCCCGCCCUUCUGCACAUAGGCAUACCUCCUCCUCUGGCUUUCUGUAGUUUUGCUUUUAUGGGGUGGAAAGGUAGCCUAUCAUCUUAAAAUGAAUAUUCAAAAAUCAUUCGUUCUCAUGUCACUAACUAGGUGUUAUAUUGUUAAUAUGUAAAAUCUACCAUCCAGGCAAACACAGAUGCACAGUAUGUGUGGCACAACUGUAAGAAUUAUUAGGAAAGAGACAAAGGCUCAGCAAGUAAACAUGCUGCAGCCAACCCUGAUGACAUGAAUUUCAUCCCUGGUGCCCAUAUUGUAAAAGGAGAAAAUCAAUUUCAUCAACUUGUCCUCUGACCUCCACAGGUGUGGGGUGGCAUAAGCACACAAAAAAUAAAUAAAUGUAAUCUUUAAAAAGUU